AUGUUUUGGAAAUGCAAAAAAUCCUUCGAAACUUCCAAUAUCUUUAUAAAUGUGCCUCACUAUCCUUCUUAAUAGAGAAGGCUGAAUGAAAAUCGUUCAAUGGAAAACAUUCAGUUCUAGACACUGAAAUCACAGGUUAUCAAUAAAAAAGUGAAAUUAUUGUUGAUAGUGCUGAAGAAAUCGAAUUUUUCAAAUCAGUCUGGAAGAAGCAUGGUAUAUUAAAGGAAAUAUGGUGUAAUGUAUAAAUUAUUAUAAAAUUUAUAUCUAAGAAAUAUCAUUUUCAUAAUCAUUUAUAAAAUUUAUUGCUUAUAUUAUUUUAUAAUAAUUGUUUUAAUCGUUUUAUAGAAAUAGACAUGUAAUUAUUGA